CGUACGUCAACAUCUUGAACCAAUCAGACGCGAGUUGACGAAAACCUGCACUUCCCCGGAUCUUCUUCCCUUGAGCCAUGAGGUUCAGAUUCUGUGGAGAUUUGGAUUGCCCAGAUUGGGUUCUUGCAGAAAUUAGCACACUGGCCAAACUGUCAAGUGUCAAGAUGAAACUACUUUGUGCACAAGUCUUAAAAGAUUUACUUGGAGAAGGCAUUGAUUAUGACAAGAUUACAAAACUUACAGCAGACGCAAAGUUCGAAAGCGGAGACGUUAAAGCGAGCGUGGCCGUGCUCAGCUUCAUCCUGUCCAACGCAGCCAAGCACGACGUGGACUGUGAGUCUCUGUCCAGCGAAUUACAGCAGCUCGGUUUGCCUAAAGAGCACACCACGGGCCUCUGCAAAUCAUACGAAGACAAACACUCCGCCCUGAGGGACAAAUUAAAGGAGACGAGCCUGAGACUGGGGCGUCUCGAGGCCGUGUCGUGGCGGGUCGAUUACACGUUAAGCUCCAGUGAAGUGAAGGACGUGAACGAGCCCAGUGUUCAGCUGAAACUGCAGGUGGAAGGAGCAGAGUCAGGGGUUUCGGAGACCGCGCUGGUGUCCAUGUCUGCUGACAAGUUCAGAGUCCUGCUUUGUGAGCUUAAACAAGCGCAGAGUCUGAUGAAUUCUCUGCAGUGAAGGAGAAAAAAACCACAGAACGUCAUGCCCAGAUGUUAAACUGCAGACUGUACUUUUUCUGUUGUGUGUUAACUGUAAAUAAUUCUGUUCUCAAUCUUGUAACACUGUUUUUGCACAGAUUUAUAUAAACGAAUUUAUUACAUUUAA